CUUCCUGUUACGACCGGUUGUACCUUUCAUAUUCAACCAACUUACACAUCGACACUGCCGUGGGACGUUUCGAUCGUUCCACCUCAUCAGUCAAGCUGGCCACUCCGGACUUUGCUCUUCGUCCUUUGCACGCCCUACCUCACGAUCAAGGUCUCCACAGCCAGUAUUUUGGCAUAUCCCGAAGUACCCCGGAUUCUCAGCCACUUCGAUACGACUCGCCAUUCUUGUCGGUCGAGAGCGGCGAUCGUAGGAUCCUCAACCACGGCCAGCAACGCUCGUGGUCAGGAUCGUGGGAGGAUAAGCACGCGCAAAGCAAGGAUUACAUGUCACAUUGGCCGGACGCUCAAGGCCAUCCAUCGACUUAUGAAAACGAUGGACACGCUCGCUCUUUAGCGCCCACUUCUCAUUCACGGCAUGUAUCAAACACUUCCUCGGGCCUUCCAGCAUCGGUAACAAGUUCGCCUUCGGCUCAAAGGCAUGGACCCGAGCUUCUGCCUCCCAGAGGGCUUGAGCUGCCGCCUCUUGUGAGGACUCCAGUUUCUCCAUCCGUGCCUCGUUCGGUUACUCUACCUUCGGUCCUCAAUCCUGUUACUGAUGACGCAGCCACGUCGGGUCAACGACGAAGAAAAGCUGAUGAGAUUGACUCGCCUCGUGAUGGGGCGCCAACUUUACCCCCUCUCGGCCACACGUCGCAUGGGCCGGCCCCCACUCCACUACCUCUUCUGACAGAGCCACUGAACCACGGACCUAGGAGAAUGCUCACGCCCAAAUCUCCUCUUCGAAGAGCCAUCAGUCUAUCCCACCUCAAUCGACCCAACGGUAUGAUGGAUGCUCAACAGAACCCGUUUCCUGUCUCUCCCCACUCCAGGCCAUAUUCAAUGCAGCCUGGAAUGAGCGGUGCCCCAGCUCUCCCUGCACCACCAGCUGUUAAUUACGCACAUCCAGGAAUGAUCCAGACCAACCAUAUUGUCCGCACGGCUAGCCCCGAGUCUGGUUCAGGCCGACGUUAUAGCACUAGUCCCAGUCCCGACUAUUCCGCUUAUGACCAGACAUCACCUCCUGGGGAGGCCCAUAUGUCUGGUUAUCUGUCAGUAUCUGAUGCCCAUAGAGGUAGAUGUUUGAGCAUGACUCCUGGAACCUCAGCAUCGCAUGUAUCGGAGUCGUACCAUGUCGCCCUCAGCUCCGGGCCUAAUUCAAACCCUGUGCAGAUGAUGACUCUCAAGACUACGGAGGGAGACGUGCGCUUCCCUGUCGAUGUACAAGCAGCAUCUCGCGUUGCUGACGAGAAAAGACGCCGGAACGCUGGCGCGAGUGCAAGAUUCCGUGAGCGUCGCAAGAGAAAGGAGAUGGAAGCCUCCCAAACCAUCUCUAGACUUGAGCAGCAGGUUAAGGAGAUGACGGAGGACGCAGACUUUUACAGGCAGGACAGAGACAUUCUCGCUUCAAUCGUCUCUCAGUUCCCAGGCGGCCGCGACCAUCUUCCUCGUCCACAGUCACCUCGGGCCAGACGGAAUGGAAGCGGGUCCACUCAGUCAGCCCACGGACGUUACCGUGAGGCUCAGAGAAGUAGUCCUGAACCGACUAGGAAUGUUCGCAAGCGUGGCGAUUCGCCAAUCUCACAAACCUACGUGCAAGCGCCCAUACAGAGUCAUGCAGCCGUAGCACCGCCUCACGCAAAUGCGGUAAUGCCCCAACACCAGUUGCAGACUCAUCACACACAGAUGCCGGGUCGUUCAGUUCACGCUUCACCAUUGCCGCCACCUUCCAUGGCUCAUGCCGCCAUGCCUACGUCAGGUCUUCCGCCUCCUCCACCGCCUCCAUCAAUCAUGCAAGCCCCACCAAUGACUGGUCCUACCAAUCCUUUUGCACGCCAUGAGGCCAACAACCGCUUCCAAUUGCAGCCUCACAGUCGUUAAUGAUCUUGAGCUUGUUCAAAACGUCCUUUCCGCCUUUUGUAACCGUAUUUGCGGCGCUUGUUCUUCUGUCCUCCACGAUACCCUUCCGAUUGUUCUACGCGCUUUGGGUAGACUUGGGAAUACCCCCUGGCGCCGGUCGUGCAUGAGUUGAUCCUGACCGACUCGCGACGCCCAGGCGGGCGUGCCAGCUGUCUACUUCCAUCACUGUUUACGGCGUUCGUCCUGCUUCUAGAUACCCCUACUAUUACACUCGCUUAGCAUUAAUGUAUCAACACUUUGAAUAUAUUCCCACAGCACAUCUUGAGCCGAUGCCUGCUUUGCGAUCCAAACGAGUAGCUCAAUCACGCUAGCGCUGAGGUCGCCUGUCCCGAGCACGGGUAUCGGCUGUGAUCUGCUGGACUCCAUCGUUUCUGAGAGCCCGGACCAACCUCA